CUCCAAACAUCAUUGAAUGAAAAUCUACUCGCCAUUACAAGCUACUAUAGAGGUCAUUUCUCAUGAUUGAUGUGGUACGGCACCAAGAUUUUCGGUUACACCAAGCACAGACGGCUCAGGAACCUUAUCAGGAGUCGGAGGGAUUCAGGACCUGCAUAAGCCGUGGCUGUUGCAUUUAAUGCACACACGACUGCAUAUAUUUAGCUUAUCGGGGCUACCCUCAUACACUGUAUAAUGUCGACUAGCAGUUACAGGGGCUCCCCAACCCCGGACCCCUCAUCUAAGGCGAGUCAUUCUUAUCGGUCCCCACACUCGAUUGACCUAGCACCAGCGCGCAUCACAUGAAGACUUUGCAAUUUGACUGAGACGAAAUCUUGCAGUCUCUCAAUGUGAUCAAGGCUUCAUCUUCAUCUUCGAGCCGUAAGAGGAAACGCCACGUCAAGUCUGAGGCAGACGAAGAAGCUGCAAUGCCUCCGCAAGCGGUGGUCAAAGCCCGGUCCGCAAACGCAUGCAAUACUUGCCGGAGACGCAAGGUGAAGUGUUCUGGGGAACAGCCUUGUAGGAAUUGUGCGCGAAACAAUCUGGACUGCGAGUUUGGCGAUGGGCGAAAGCGGUAUUCAGAAUCCUACGUAUCGGAGCUGAGAGCAACAUUGUCACGAUACGAAGAUCAAAUUAAAGAGCUCUCUAAACAGCCACGCCCAUACCCCAUACCCCAGUCAAGGCGCGUGUCCAACGCAGUAUCAAAUUCUAGUCCAACCGGCAUUGCGCCUUUUGAACCGACCGGUGAAGUGCCACCUCCAAGUUAUGCAUCCAUAGAAAGCGCGCCAGGUCCUCUCUUCGAGCAGCGUUUGAGAAGUCUUUUCCAUGAAAACAAUGGCAAAGAUCGAGAUUCGCCGGAGAAGGAUGUCCCGGAACAUUUGGAGCACGAAGACUCUAGAGACCUUCCUUUCACCCCUGAGUGGACCUCCACCAAUGAGUUGAUCAAGGGCAUUCCUCACCAGGCUUUUCCCAAGGAGGCCGAGUCCAACCGGCUUUUGGAUCUUUUCAAUUCAUACAUGGGCGUGACACAGCACUUCCUAGACCAGCGAACGUUUACGGAUAACAUGACGUUGUUGUUCCAGAGCCAGGCCUCGCGCGCCAGGCAAAUGGACACUCCGUGGUUCACUCUGUACUUGUUGGUAAUGGCAAUGGGUAAGUUGAUGGAGGAAGAUCCCCGCGAGGUCCGGGGUCCUCCGGGAGCGUUCUGGUUCGCAGAAGCGAUGAGGCGGCUUCCGCCACUGCACAGCAUCAGCGAAUACGGUAUUGUCGGUCUCGAGAUUCUCUGCCUGGCAACCACAUAUUUGCAGUGGAACGACAGGAAAAACGAUGCAUAUUUCUUCGUGGGAAUAACUGUGCGGCUUGCCCUGACAUUAGGCUGUAACCUGCCAUUCUCAGAGCAAAAAUGCCUUCCCUCAGAGAGAGCGCACCGAAUGAGAGUGUGGUGGACGGUGUAUAUGUUGGACCAACGCAUAUCCGCAGGGCUUGGACGUCCGGCUUCUGUCGAUGAUCGCCACCUUUCCUUUGAUCUUCCGGGGCCGUCGCCGGGCUUCGACUCUCCUGAGCCGCUCAACGUAAAUGUACAAAUUGCUCGCGCAACCGGCGAGAUCAUGUCUUCACUGUACAGCAGAGGUGCCUUAUCGCAAGCCGACCUCGUCCGGAAGAUGCGUAACCUUCUCCAGUCGCUCCAUGACACUGGUCGAUCUAUACCAGCAAACCUUUCCAUAAACUUCAGCAACAAGCAAUUUGAAGUCACCAGAGCCGGUGCAUCACUGUAUCUGAGGCUGUUUCAGGCCAUCAUUCUUUGCAUCAGACCUAUCUUACUGCAAAAGGUGAAGGACAAGGUUCAAAAAACAGAAAAACAGGGAUCAGUAUCGUCAGCAAUCUCUCAGCUCUGCUUACUCUGCAACGAAUCCGCCUUGAGGAUUAUUCGAAUUCUCAUGGCUAUGCAGAGGCAAGAGGAAAUCGCACCGUUCGCCUUCUUCGACCUAGAUGCGGCCUUUGCUGCUUCCUUUGUCCUGAUCAUGCGCGGGUUUGCACACAAGAACGAUAGCCAAAAACCACCGCCACAAGAACUUUUUCAAGCCAUCGACUUUAUGGAGUAUUUGUCCCAGGCCGGCAACAAUGCAGCAGCGCAGCGCCUCAAGGAUGUACGGCAGUUCUCGGCUCAUGUGUGGGCCAAUGUAGUAGCCUUCGAUAGGGAUCAUGACGUACAAAUGGGAGGAGAAUCCGGGGAAGCGCAUGGGGCGCCCCACAUGGUGAACACUCCCGGGUCAGUGUUGGCGGAACAGUCGGGGCAGCCAUCGACGUCCCAAAUGCCACUGGCCACACCGACGCCGACGUCUUCGGUGCCAUCGUGGGAGGGUGAGAUGUUUGGAGGACCUGGCGCCGAUACUUAUGGGUCGGAUACGUUGUUUGGCUUGAAUCUGGACGAGAAUCUUGAGCAGGCUUUUGGAUUGGAGGCUGCUGAGGGUAUCUAUAACAGUUUUAAUGACCCUACACUACCUCUUACAGGAGUUGAUCAGCUCGAUUGGGCCGAAUUAGAAAAGAUGAUGGCACCGGGUGGCAUGGCUCAUAGCAGUGGCAUCUAAGACAGAAUCAUAAACAACAUUAACGUAGCAACUGUACCCGCAGCACUGGAUUGAAAUAAUUCCAUAG